AUGUUAGGUUACAAAGAAAGAGGCAAGGACGUCCAAUCGUUUGCCCUUGGCGGCAGCUCCUCCACACUGAACAACGCGGCCUCGCAGGUGGCCAGCCGUUUCAUCGACCUGGGAUUCACCCUCAACCUCUCACCGCUGUACCACUCCGCGGAUGCGACGCUGAGCUACAUGCGAGGCGUGGUCUACGGGUUCAUGGAUGUCCUGCAGACCAUCGACGAGAAGCACUGCAAGCUGCCGGAUAUCACAACGACGACCAUUGCAAAGUGUGCGUGCGGGGAUUAUGCACACCACAUCAACAGCGCGAGGAGGGGUGAGGGCAUCAGGGAGCAUGCCUUCUGGUGCACCGGUGUGAUGCAGAUCCUGAGGUCCGACGGCAAGCCAUACCUCAUAUUCAACCCGUACACGUUCCAGGAGCUGGUCGACGCAUGCCGAUACAACCCAUCGACGGGCAAGGGGAUGGAUGCCUACCUGCGUUGCAUGGCAACCACCACGCGGUUUGGGAGCUGCGACACCUACCGCCCAACGCUCCCCUUGUUGGAGCGUCAGGGGAUCGAUGCUGGGACUGUGCUCACGCGCUGCCGCUCCAACUUUGCCAACAAGGUAUGGGACACGGGGGCUGCCUACAUCUCCAACUACCAGCUCUACCCCGACCUGCAGAACCUUGGAUUCAUCAUCGACAAUGUGUACAACCCCUCAUUCAUCCAGCAAUCGGUGCUGAAUUGCUUCUCCGAGUCCGUGCGCGUGGGAACCGGAACGGAUGCCUGCCUCCUCGGCUACCUCACCCUGAUGAACACAAGCCGUGUGAAUUACUUCUUGUAUAGCAUCGCAAGCUUCUCCUCCGACAAUGCGGACUAUGCAGACAUCGAUGGCUGCGAGGUCUUCACGGGUCCGGCACAGAACCCCAAUCCGGCGAUUGCCCACGAGUUCAGCCAGUGCCUCAGCACCUCGCUCUCCUCCCAGUGCCAGCUCCCGCAAUACAUCUGGUCGGGGAGGACGAGCAACCGCGUCCCGAUCGCCUCGCUGCAUGCGGUAAGCUACGUGCCCGGAUCGCAGGCCCUGUACCAGUCCGUUCAGGACGAGUACGACGCGGUGGCGGCGGAGGCCAGGGCGCUAUUCACACCCGAGGUGCUGGGCUGGUCCAACACAGAGCUCGAUCUCAACUUCUUCUCGAUGGAGGGGGAUGUCAUCCACCAGCUCUUCGACUGUUACUUCCUAGGGCCGUUCUCCGCAGCCGAGCUCUGGCCGUCGGGCGGAUCGCGCUCGCUUCAGGUCCUUCAGUACUACCGUUCCUCUACCCUGGAUCGCACAUUCCAGAUUCCAUCGGCAGGCUGCGACCCGGCCCAAGACGCAUGCUGCCCGCAGGUCUCUCCCUUCUCCUGCGGCGGGCCGGGAAGGAUGGCAAUCAUCCACAGCUUCAUCCAGACGCUGAAGAGAUUCAACACCGAUAGCAGCAACAACCUGCUCCGACAGGCAGUGCAGAAUGGGGUGAGGGCGAAGCUGAGGCAAUUCCGCGAUGUCCUCACCAACACCCUCCUCUUUGGCUGCCAGUGCGGAGACGGAACGAACAACCUCCGUUGCGGCAAGGCCAACGAGCCGGACCUCUGGACUUCGAAGGACAUCCAGGGCAUCAACUUUGACAUCCUAGAGACGGAGGAUGUGCUCUCGGGCAUCUACGAGAAGAUCAACCAGCACAUCAUCGACAUCUACACCAAUGUGACAAUGUUCAAUGAAUACUCCUCCAACCUCACGGAGAGCCAAAAGACGCAGGCCAAGGAUGAGUCCCUGUUUGACACCUCGAAACCCAUCCUCCGGUACGACACGGAGGACAUACUCGACCCGAAAUCGUCGCAGAACCUCUGGCAGGUGUGCACCAACGUUCUCUCGCAGACCUUUGCCGUCCUCCCUCUCAACAGCACGCUGGACGGGCUUGCCCUCGACACCAUCUACAGCGCCUACCAGCACGAUGCCACUGCGAACCCCUCCUCGGGAUACGUUGACGGCAUCGAGGAGACGGUACAGACACUGCUCUCCAAGGCCAAGGCAGAGUCGCCGUUCUAUCACGGAUUCAGGGGAGGGGAUGUGAGGUACAUGCCAUCCAAGAGCCAGCGGUGCAGGAACUCCCAAUCCACGGUAAGGCCUGUCGCCUAUGACAUCCUCCCCUCGGCCUCGGGCAACCGCAUCACCCUGGAUGCCAGCGGGACAUCCUACACGAUGCCCCCUCAUCUCACGGGUAUGCAGACGGCAUCGUACGGGGCCUACGGGCUGAAUCUCUCCUCCUUCACCACCCGCUGCUACUGCGGUUGGAAAUCCACAGACGGCACAAGCUGCUCUGUUCCCACGGGUGUUUGCCAGACGGCGUCAUUGCAGGGGACCGCUCUGGAUGCCGCCACGACGCAGGAGUUCUACUCGAUCUGCUCUGCAGGGUCCUAUUCCACCUUCUCGCAGUGGUUGGCGGUUUACCGUACGAUGGAAGCCGUGUGGAUGCCCACCUGGGUCUGCACGGAUAUGCAGCUGUCGGAUGUCUGGGGAAUUGUGAGCGACACCAAGGUGGACAAGUGGGCCGCGGGGGUGCAGGGCUCCCUCUUGGGGGGUUACGACUUUGACUGGGCGGACCUCCUCACGCAUGGCACAUCUGGGUUGAGGCUUGCCAACAUGGAUUACCUACAGCAGAACUACCCGGAGUUCCUCAAUCCCUCGUCCCGCAAGCACAAACUGUACAAUGCAGACACCGACACCAGUGCUGCCAUCGAGGAUUGCAUCGAUGACACCAACAGCGAUCACUCCAGCAAUGG